CUUUUCCUCCACCUUUCUUGAACGGGUGGCUUAACAUAGGCCCCUCUCGCCUAUCCUUCUCGCUCCGCCCCCUCUGAUCUCCUCUCCUUUCUCCUUCUCGAAUGCCAUACAGACCAGAUAAUUCAGAUAUCUCAUAAAGAAACAUGAUUGCUAAACAUCCCAAUGCUAAUCACGCGGUCAUUCCGCUACUCAUCAACAAUGAGUCCGUCGUGGCAGAUACCAUCUUCGACGUCACGAGCCCUGCGACGGGGGAGGUGCUUGACCGUUGCGCCGGAGCGACAGUCGACGAUGCCAACCGUGCUGUCGCAGCCGCAAAGGCGGCCUUCCCCGGAUGGAGCAGCAUGAAGCCUUACGAUCGCAGAGAUAUUCUGAUCAAGGCCGCGGACAUUAUGCUUUCCCGAAAGGAGGAAUUGAUCCGAUUUCAGAUGGAAGAGACGAAUGCGGGGCGUCCGUUUGUGGAAAAGACAUUCAUGAUGGGAGUCACCUUCUUGAAAGAUUUUGCAGCCAGAAUCCCAUCGAUCGAGGGUGCGGUGCCGUCUGUGUCUGAGGAUGGGGAGACUGCGAUGAUUAUUAAACAGCCAUAUGGUGUCGUAUUGGGAAUCGCUCCUUGGAACGCUCCUUACAUCCUCGGAACGCGCGCAGUCGCUCUACCCCUCGCCGCAGGCAAUACGACCAUUCUCAAGGGUUCGGAACUGGCCCCGAAGUGUUUCUGGGCCAUUGGAGAUAUCUAUCGCGAAGCCGGUCUUCCUGCGGGAUGUCUGAAUGUCCUCUACCACCGAACGUCCGACGCCGCGGCGGUCACCAACGCCCUCAUUGCUCACCCGGCCGUGCGCAAGAUCAAUUUCACCGGCAGUACCACCGUGGGCUCUAUCAUUGCUUCUACUGCCGGCAAGUAUGUGAAGCCAGUGCUCCUCGAGCUGGGAGGCAAAGCAUCGGCCAUUGUCCUGGACGAUUCGAAUCUGGAAAGGGCCGCGUUGAAUUGUGCACAAGGAGCCUUUAUGCAUUCUGGUCAAAUUUGCAUGUCGACGGAGCGGAUUGUAGUACAACGAUCUAUUGCGGACAAAUUUAAGCCGCUGCUGGCGGACGCGGUGGAGAAACUGUAUGGCAAACAUGGCCCGGCAUUCGGUCUCGUGGCCCCGGCUGCAGCCAAGAAGAACAAAGAGCUGGUGGAGGAUGCGCUGGCCAAAGGCGCCAACCUUGUCUAUGGCGACCUCACAGCCGUCGACCUCAACAACAGUAGCAUGCGACCUUUCGUCGUCGGCGAUGUCGCCAAGAACAUGGAUAUGUACUCCAUGGAGUCGUUUGGCCCCACCGUAUCCCUCAUUGUCGUCGACAGUGACGAUGACGCAGUGGCGCUGGCCAAUGAUACGGAGUACGGUCUUACUUCAACGGUGUUCACGGGCAAUCUCUUCCGUGGACUGAAGGUGGCCAAACGGAUCGAGGCCGGAGCUGUACAUAUUAAUUCCAAGACCGUGCACGACGAGCCGGUUCUCCCCCACGGUGGUUGGAAGAAUAGCGGACACGGUCGCUUCGGAGGAACCUCCGGUUACGACGAGUGGCUGCAAACCAAGGCAAUUACUUGGGUUGAAUGAGAGGCCAGCCUGGACUAUAUGAUCAGAGUGCAACGACCCAUGGUCGGUGGUGUGUUUUCAAAGCCUCGGAACGGAGCUGUCCGCCAUGGACACGAAUGAGAGGUCAUUUAGAAUAGAUGGAUGUCAAUAGUUCGAGGUUGGGGGGUUGUGGCUGGAUUAGUGAUUACGGCGAACUGCGAAGGGACUGGACCCUUGAUCGGAAUACCCACUCGCUGCAGGGUUUAACCGCCCAGCAAUACGAGCACA